UACUACGCACAUUAUACAGUUGUACAUCGUUACAUUAUAAUUUAUAAUCUAUGCACUUUAUUUAUUUGCCUUUACAACUUUUGUUUUAAAAAUGUAUUGCAUUUUAACAACUAUCGUGGCCCUACUUUACAUGUUAUUUGAUGUCAACUACUACCUGCGAGUUGUCUUCACUAUAUUAAUAGGUAGAAUAUUCCAAAAGAAAUAUGGUGUGCGUGAUACUACAACAAUCUACGGCUUCUGCACAACGCAAGAUGUCGACAUCUUCUUGAGUCAUAUGAAUAACGCCAGAUAUGUUAGAGAGUUAGACUUCGCAAGGUUUCACUUUUAUGACCGUACAGGCAUCUACGCUAAUAUAAAGGCUGUGGAUGGGCAUGCUCUUCAGGGUGCCUCAAGCAUUCGGUAUAGGAGGACUAUACCAAUAUUCACCGCCUACAAGGUUGAGACGAAGUUAAUUUACUGGGAAGAUACGACACUCUUCAUUGAACAAAAGUUCAUUACUCUGAAUGACGGUUUCGUACGAGCCGUGGUGCUAUCCCGCCAAAACCUGAUCAACGUCAACGUCGAUCGACUUUUCCAGGGCAUCCCUGGAGCUGACCAAAAACCGGAAUGUCCCGAAGAGGUCAAGCACUGGCUUCAGUCUAUAGAAAUUUCCAGUGCUAAAUUAAGAAAGAAGGAUUGAUUUAAAUAGUUUUUAAUUGUUAAUAAGUUGAGUAAAUUUAUUUAAAUGAUAUAUUUAUUAAUAAAGAGGUUUUGGCUGUCAUAUUUUUUCUCAUUCGUUAUAUCUUGACUGAUUUAGUAAGUAAACAUUCUAUAAAAAUGUACCGACAACAACGAAAAAGGGUAAAACGCAAAUAUCAUAUUACCAGCACUCUCGCCUGUCAC